AUGGUUGCAUGUGUCUGCUGUUGUGGUGUGUGCACGAAUGACUUUGCUGCAGAUUGGGUACAUUUGCACUUCAAUGGGCGCACUGCAGGUGACUCUGAACUUGCAGUGCUGCCCUUUAAAGACCUUGUGAAACCGGUGAAGAUCGCCUUUAAGACAAGGGAUAUCUACACCCUUGAGCAAGAUAAAGUCAUGAAACGACUUGCUCGUCUCAACACGAGCAGCUGGAGGGCUAGAGACGAAACAGUCGUUAAAGACAACUAUGUCAGGUGGAUCUUCGAGGUGGACUCUGGUUUAGCCGAGUUCAUUAAGAAGUCCAACCUGGAAUUAUUUGUUGGGGGUUUUGGCAAGGGUCUGUGUAAGAUCCUGCACGAUCCCAACACACAAAAUGCUCCUGGUGCAGAAACUGCCUCAUCCAAGGAUUCCGAUGUUUCAUUGGAGCCCAAGGAUAAUGUGGAGGCAGUUGAAACUCCUGCUGGGAGCAAUGUUCAAGAUCCUGCAAAGAUGGAAGGGGUGGAAACUUCGGUGGAUGGGACACCAUCUGAAUCCACUCCUACCGUGUGUUCAACAUGUGGAAAGACAUUCACAUUGAAGAAAAAUUUGAACCAGCAUGUAAAGACACAUUUGGCUGUAAAGCUAUUCAGUUGCGAGGAAUGUAACAAAACAUUCACACGAAAGGGUGAUCUAAACAGGCAUAAGAUGACUCAUCUUCCCGCAUCUGCUCCCAUCGCCCUAAAAUGCAAGGACUGUGAUAUGACCUUUACGAGACUGGACAAUCUGAGGAGGCAUGAGCGUGCGGCUCACGGAUAG